CGGCUUUGCCCCCACAACCGACCCUCCCCCAUAUAUACCCCCGAUACGCUUCCCGGACUGCUGCCUUGCACGAAAAGGGAUCCUGCUUACCACGGAUCAAUUGCAACGACUGUUCAAUCGAUCAUUACACAACCUACACAUAAUCAACAAUGUUCCGCCAAAGACUACUUCAGAGCGCUCGCGGCGCUGCCCGCUUCCAGAGCAGACGUACCCUUCUUGCUCUUGGUGGUUUAACGGCCGGUGGUCUCGCUCUCAAUGCCUUCUCACAGCCCUUGCACGCCGAAACACCCACAGGUGUCCCAACGCACGACGUCCCAACAGGUCAGGAGUUUGAUCUCUUGAUUGUCGGUGCUGGUGCGACAGGAACUGGUGUUGCAGUUGAUGCGGCCGCACGAGGUCUCCGUGUUGCCGUGGUUGAGCGUGAUGAUUUUGCCUCGGGAACAUCGAGUAGAUCGACCAAGUUGGUUCACGGUGGUGUGAGAUACCUCGAGAAGGCCGUCUGGUCUCUUGAUUACGGACAGUACUGUCUCGUCAAGGAAGCCCUUGCUGAGCGUGGUACUUUCUUGCACAUUGCGCCCCAUCUUUCAGAUGCUUUGCCUAUCAUGAUCCCCCUCUACAAGUGGUGGCAGGCACCUUACUUCUGGGCUGGUACUAAGGCUUAUGACUUGCUCGCCGCUGCUUCCGGUGAAAGCAUGCCCUCUUCUUACUUCUUGACCAAGAAGCGUGCUAUGGAGGCUUUCCCCAUGUUGAAGGACAAGGACUUGGUUGGUGCUUUAGUCUACUACGAUGGUCAGCACAACGAUGCGCGUAUGAACGUUACUCUUGCGCUUUCUGCUGUUCUCAAGGGUGCUGUCGUCGCUAACCACGUCGAGGUUACUGGCCUGCAGAAGGAUGGUCAGGCUGCUAAUGGCAAGAUCACCGGUGCCACUGUAAAGGACAUGUUGACCGGUGAAGAGUUCCAGGUCAAGGCUAAGGGUAUCAUCAACGCCACUGGUCCCUUUUCCGACACCUUGAGGAAGAUGGAUGACCAGGAGACCAUGGAGAUCGUCGCUCCCUCCUCCGGUACUCACAUCAUUCUUCCCGGAUACUACUCUCCCCGCAACAUGGGUUUGAUCGAUCCAAACACAUCUGAUGGCCGUGUCGUCUUCUUCCUGCCUUGGUUGGGUAAUACCAUCGCCGGUACCACUGACGCUCCUUGUGAGGUCACGGCUCACCCUCUCCCUAAGGAGGAGGAGAUUGACUGGAUCUUGAACGAGAUCAAGAACUACCUCUCUCCCGACGUCAACGUCCGCCGUGGUGAUGUCUUGGCUGCGUGGACUGGAAUCCGUCCCCUUGUCAAGGACCCCGCUGCCAAGAACACCGAGUCUUUGGUCCGCAACCACAUGAUCAACGUCGCUCCUUCCGGUUUGUUGACCAUCGCUGGUGGAAAGUGGACCACUUACCGCCAGAUGGCUGAGGACACCGUCGACCGUGCCAUCCAGGAGUACAACCUUCGUCCGACUGUCUCUAAGGAGUCUAACACCAGGAGGUUGAAGUUGAUCGGUGCCGAGGGCUACGGACCCACGCUUUUCAUUCAGCUUAUUCAGCAGUUCGGUUUCGAGACUGAGGUCGCUCAGCACCUUGUCGAGUCUUACGGUGACCGUGCUUGGGCUGUUGCUCAGUGUUGUGAGGAGACUGGUAAGAGAUGGCCCGUCCGUGGUACUCGCUUGUCCCCUCUCUACCCCUUCCUCGAGGGUGAAGUCACGUACGCUUGCAAGAGCGAGUACGCCGAGACCGCUGUCGACGUCCUCGCCCGCCGUACUCGUCUCGCUUUCUUGAACGCUCAGGCUUCGCUCGAGGCUUUGCCCAAGGUCAUUGACAUCAUGGCCGCGGAGAAGAACUGGGAUCAGAAGCGCAAGGACAACGAGUGGCACGACUCUGUCAAGUACCUCUUGUCUAUGGGCUUGCCUGCUGCUAAGGGCAAGAUGACCCGUGCUCAAGUUGAGUCUGGCGAGGCUAGCAAGUCUUCCGGACCCGAGGGUCUCGACAACCAGGAGCCCAAGGGUGGAAAGCAGGUUAGGGGUGGAGGUGAUGACAGGCAGAACGAGGAGUACCCAUAAAUGGGUCGUUGCACAAAAUAGGGAGAGCGAAGUGAAGUGAAGUGAGUGUAUGCAUGAUUGUGGAGU